AUGCGGACCCUCGACCGCCUUUUCCCCAUCAUUCUCUCGUUGUUGGCGUCCCAAACAGCCCUCAUCUCGGCCUUGACAAACUUCGACGAUUGGGCUCACCAGCGUGUCGCCCUCGACAAGGUCUCCAUCCACCUUCGCUAUGCAGGUUCUGGCCCGCCGAUCCUCCUCCUGCACGGGAGUCCGCAGUUCAGCUUGACAUGGCGCAUCAUCGGGCCCAUCCUCGCAGACAACAACUACACCGUCAUAGCCCUGGACAAUCGCGGCAACGGAGAUUCGUCGAUCCCCCCAGACGGGAAUUAUACUGCCAUGGCUUCGGCCGCGGAUACCAAGGCUGUGCUCGACUUCUUGAAUAUCACUUCCGCCUACGUCGUAGGCCACGACUUUGGUUCCGGCAUAGCGACCGCUCUCGCCGCCAGCCACCCAUUUCUGGUGAAGAGACUCGUCGUUACGGAAUUCGUCCCUCCGGGAUUCGGAUACGAAACGGCACGCACACCCGGCACCUACUGGGACCUCUACGCGAACUGGCAGCUGGCCUUCUUCUCGAUCCCCGACGCCGCCGAGUUCUUCAUCUCCGGGAAAGAGAAGCAGAUGCUGGAGUGGUUUUUCUACCACGGCAGCUAUUCCGGGGUGACGAGUUUCUCCGAAGACGUCGUGAACAGAUACACCAGCUCGAUCUCCAAGCCGGGGUUCUUACGGGCCAUGCUUGAGUCGUACGACGUCAGGGGGGCGGCCGCCGUAGCCAGCUUUUUCAAAGGCACCAUUGGCGUGAACCCUCUCCAGAUGCCGACGUUGGCAAUGGGAGGCGAAGCCAGUCUGGGCCCCUUUGCAGCGCAGGUCUGGGGCAACAUUACCGCAGAUCUUGAGACAGAUAUCGUUCCCAAGGCAGGGCACUGGAUAGCGGACGAGAACCCGGCCUGGGUGGCAACUCGCGUCCAACAGUUCUUCGCACAGGAGCAGAGUCCUCCGCCCGCUGUGGAUCUCUCCGGCCUGACAGACAAGGUGACGCUCACAGUUGGGUAUUUCGGCACCCUUGAAAAUGCCGCUUUGGCAAGCUCAUGA